AAAAACGUGGCAAGAGGCAAGUGCUUGUAAGACCUUCGUCCAAGGUCGUAACUAGAUUCUUGCUCGUAAUGCAAAAGCACGGUUAUAUUGGUGAAUUUGAAGAAAUUGAUGACCAUCGUUCUGGUAAAAUUGUUAUUCAAUUGAACGGGCGAUUAAACAAGUGUGGAGCGAUCUCACCACGCUUUGACGUUCAAUUGGAUGAACUCGAGAAACUAGUGAACAAUCUUUUGCCGUCUCGUCAGUUUGGAUUUGUAGUAUUAACUACAAGUGCUGGUAUCAUGGACCAUCAAGAGGCAAGAAGGAAACACACGGGUGGAAAGAUUCUCGGACAAGUCCACAACGCGUCGGGUAUUGAUAUCGGCGGUGCUGAUGCCGGUGAUGGAAUCGAAGAGCCACGUCGAGUCAGACAUGCACGACAGUUAAGAAACGAAUCUUGGUUAACUAGUGUACAGACCAUACACGUCCAAGAGCUCGUGUGUGAAGAAGAUGAUGCUCCUGGGAUUUUGUCAUCGGGAAUGCGAACAGUGC